GGGUCUGCGUUGGUGUAACGCGGAACCAUAAAUCACCCUUAACAUUUUCGAAUUGAAAGUGGACAUUUGUUUGCGAGCAGAUCAUCGGAGAGAGCGGCGCAUUUGGGGCUAUUUCUCGGGCUCCCACGACUCUGGGCUGCAGCAGAAACCCCCCGUGCAGCUCCCUCGUCAAGGUCUCCCCGGGAUCCGUGUUUUGCAUCGCUCCUCGAUUUGCAUUUCCUCCUCAGAUUUUCCGUGAGACUGACGGGAGCCGCUGAAAGCAGCGGGCGCGUCCAGGCUCACGGCACGCUGCGUCCUCUCCACAGCGAUACGCGCACAAAGAGAGAGAGAGAGAGAGAGGGAGAGAUAGAGAGAAAGAGACAGAAAGAGAGGGGGAAAAAACCAACUCUGGGAUUUUUAUUUUAAAUAAUGUUGCCGAAGCUUCUCCAGCGUGGAAACUGAAGACAUUUUGAUUUACUGUUAUCUCUGGUGCGUAUAAAGACAGACACGUGUCUUCGGCGUAAACAGAAAGGGAUAGGUCGUUUGAGCAAGAUUAGCUUUGUUUGUUUGUUUCCCCCCACCCCCUGUUUUUCUCAUUUGUUUGUUACAGACGGGAAAAAAAAAGGUCCGAGCUUGGACGCGGCAUUUAUAUAUUUCAGUUGCUGCGCUCUUGGUGAUAAAGACGCAAUUUGGAGAUGUCGGAAGUGCUGCCUUUCAACGAAGAAAAAAUGAGUCAUUAUGGAAAUGAGGGCGACGAGGGACACCUUUCCUUCACCUGUCGUCUUCAAGACACCAACAACUUCUUCAACGGCUCGCAGAACAAACGUCCGCCGAAACUCGGACAAAUAGGCAGGAGCAAAAGGGUUGUGAUCGAGGAUGAGAAUGGCGACAACGAAGCACUGAAAAAUGGGACAGAGAAAACGUCGACAGAGGCUUAGAGGGCUUGGCUCAACAAACCCCCGCCCCAAGAGACACUUUUGAAAUUUUUUAUGGCGAUAUUUACCAAUUUCAAUCCAAAGACACUGUAUAUAAGCACUUUCUUUCAUGUGGCAGCAAGCAGCACUUCCACGCCCUCCUCUUCCAGUCCGUCAUGACCGGCUGGAUGAGACACGCUGGCAGAGGUGGGAGAUGGUAGCAAAGGAGACCCCCAGGUGGACCCCCUCAACUCCCUCUCUCUCACACACACACACAUACACACACACACACACCGACACGGGCAGACACACACACACACACACACACACACACACACACACACACACACACACACACACACACACACACACACACACCCUCGGUUACAGGGUUUGCCAUAAAUCCAAUUGCAGUAGAAGAUAUCAGGGGAGGAGGCAGGUGGGGGGCUGAGGUGAAGAAGGAGGCAACGCUGAAAUGCAGAAAUCAGGGACAGGAUAUAGAAGUAAAUUUAAUAUAAAACCUAAAGCACACACUUCUCCGAUAUCUUCUCAAUCAAGCCUAUUGUACCAUUCUUUCUGCUCUUAAUUUUGACCAAGGGCAAAUGAAUAACUGUUUGUAAAUAUGGAAAGGGUAGCCCAUAUUUUCUUGCACAAAGUGGGAAUUGGUAAACCGGUUUGUUCAGAGUCGAAGAUUUAUUUAUUAUUGAUCCUUGGGAACAUGUCUUUUGCAGUGACUUAAGGCCUGAGGGAGUGUUGUUUUUUUUUUUUUAUUUAUAAUCCUUUUUUCUAUGUUUGAAACAUUUUUGAGCAAAUGAGAUUGGUAUUAUUUUCACUUACAAUUUCUUGAUGUUGCCUGAGUGUUUUUUGUUACCAUACUUUGCAGUCAUUUAUAAACGGUACUUGUAAGCUUUCCAAAGCUUUCACCUGGACUGAUUGAUACUGUAAUUUGACUGUAAACACCCUAUGGAUAAAACUAUUUAUACUGCAUUGUGCAUUAUUGUGUGUGCCAAAUCUCACAAGGGAUAUACUGUACUGAACUACUUGUUCUUUUUUGUGCUUUAUACAUUUACUUAUUGGAAUCAGUUGUUCUGUUCGGUUGCCAUUUCUUAGGGCUCUUUCGUAAAACACUUAAAUACCAACUCAUGCAUGGCAAAUAUAAAAUCAUGCAUGCAUGGCAGCAAUUCUGAAACUCUUGUGUAUUCUUGAAACACCUCGUAUACAGCUUUGAAUGACAAACCUUGAGAAAUGGUCUUAAUUCUGUUGACUUAAUUCUGCGUUGUACUGUACGAUUCAUACUGAUUUGUACAGUGGCCUCAUAUCUUGUAAUAAAGAUUAUGAUAAAGUACUAUUUACUGUUAGUGUUUAUGGUGGUUUACAAUACGGAAUGAUGUAUUUAAUGUUGCUUUUUUUUUAAACUUUUAAAACUGUAGCAAAAACAUUAAAAUAUAGUUUUGUAUCAGAAAGAUAAAGACAGUAGCAGAUAGCUUGGCUUACUUUUGAACAUGUUUCUUGUACAGUUUCUCCUGUUGUUAUUGUAUUGCCUAUCUGGCUGCCAAGGAAAGUGAAGUCAGCAUUUUCCACUGUGAGGAAGUAGCAUCCCACCUUUUGGAAAAAUCUGAUGUGGAAGGAGACAGAAAUGAGAUAAACGAUGAGCAAAUAAUCCCAUCAAGAAUCUGAAAUGCACACUUCAUCCUGAUGAGACACUGGGCUGCAACAGUUGCACAACAGACUAUGAUCUCAUUAAGUGCUACAGUACUGCAAAUUAUUAUUUUAUUUUAUUGUGGGGAAAAUGUACAAC